GACAGCAGGUGCAGCAAUUGGCACUGGUUUAGAUACAUUUUUGAGUGAUCCUGCAAAGAUCCAAGCUGCAGUUGGUGGACUAGUUGCUCUUACGGCCGGAUACUAUGCUGCUAAAGGCUCAUUAGGAAUUAUGUUCAGAUUUGUGGAAGCCAGACUAGCAAAACCUUCAUUAAUUCGUGAAACAUCGAGGUUCAGCCUUUUUGAAGCUGUUCGCCAUCCAUUACAGACUAUAAAGAAAAUUCAGAAGAGGCCAGAAGAUGUAUUAGAAGGUGUUGUUCUCAGUCCAAGCGUGGAAGGACGAGUGAGAGACAUUGCUAUAGCUACCAAAAAUACAAAAUUUAAUAGAGGAAUGUACCGAAAUAUCCUUCUUCAUGGGCCACCAGGUACUGGCAAGACUUUGUUUGCCAAGAAACUUGCAAUGCACUCAGGUAUGGACUAUGCUAUCAUGACCGGAGGUGAUAUUGCAUUGCUUGGCAGAGAAUCAGUUGGUGCUAUUCAUAAGGUAUUUGACUGGGCAGCCACAUCACGGAAGGGUCUUGUUCUCUUUAUUGAUGAAGCCGAAGGAUUCCUGCGGAAACGUCAUGAAAAUAUUAGUGAGGAACUGCGCAUGUCAAUUAGUGCAUUCUUGUAUCGCACAGGUACCCAAACUGACAAAUUUAUGUUGGUCUUGGCUUCCAAUACUCCUGAAGUACUUGAUUUUGCUGUAGUAGAUCGAGUCCAUGAACCUGUCGAGUUUCCUCUACCUACUAUGACUGAGCGAGAACGACUGGUCAGACUCUAUUUUGAAAAGUACAUUCUUUUACCAGCAUCCGAAGGUAAAAGGAGAUUAAAAGUAGCAGAUUUUGACUACAGUCAAGCAUGCUCAUAUGUGGCCAAGAUUACUGAAGGUAUGUCAGGCAGAGAAAUCACCAACUUGGCAUUAGACUGGCAAAUGACAACAUAUGCAUCCCUUGAAGGUAUUUUCACAGAAGAUAUUAUGCGACGUAGAGCAGAAGCAACUGUUCAGCAUAAGAAAUAUAAGGUUUCUUGGCGAAGUUCUCAUGAAGACAAGAAAGCAUUGUUCAGUGCUGCAGUUGUAGCAGCUUCAGAAGCAGCAGCAGCAGCAGCAUCUGCAAAACCUGAUACCAUUAGCUGAGAACAGGAUGCUAAUUUAGGAAUUAAAUUACCAGUGAUGUAAAUUUAAGAUUGGACCUCACACAUGAAAAAUACCAAUAAAAUAUAAAUGAUUAUAUGAUAAAGAACACUGCAAAAAUUAGGCAAUGUGAUGUGAGGAUAUUAUUACUGAAAUCAGAUACCUAAUACAUAAGAAAACUAUAUUAUGAUUGUGCUUCAUCCAGUAAAUGUUUCACAAAAUUUUAUAGUAAUAAUAGUAAAAAAAAUUAAGACAUUUGUAUAUAUAUAUAUAUUUUUUUUCACAGUGUGAAAAAUCUGUAUAAAGUGUUUUUGUUUUUUAAAAAGAAGUAAUUGUAUAGUUUAAAAUUGUUAGUAUGAGUAAAGAAUAGUCCCUAAUAAAAUGUCAUACCAAUCUUGCUCAAACACACUGGUAAAGUAUUUCUUGCUCUAGCC